UUUGAUCACUGAAUCUGAUCUCUAUAAGUUAACUAAUAAUUAAUAUAAAGAUCAGUGGUUUUGAUCUGAUCGUGUGAUCUUUCGCGUCCAAUAAAGGGGACAGUUGGGCCAGGUUAUUGUGAUUUCAAUUAGGAUUUCUGGCUCCCAAGCUUAAUAACACACGUUUAUUUUGCUGGAUAGGGUGAUUUUUCAUCGUGCAACGGACACGCGAACACGCAAUGUUAUCACAAUGACCUCUUUUGGGUGGAAAAGAAAAGCUGGUGAGAGUUUACAAAAAAGUAGCAAGACAGCAGCUUCUGUCUUUCAGUCUGCUGCUGGUGAGCCUGACUUUACCGAUGUUGACCAUGCAAAUUUGACUGAGCAUCAUAACAAAAGAAGACGCCAUUCUUCUCUUGAAGAUAAAAUUGCUAAAAGCCAUGUCAUUGCAAAUGAAGGUGCUCAAAUGGCUGAACAAGGAAGGUACACGGAAGCCAUUGGAAUGUGGAACAAGGCCUGUACGUUAACACCGUAUGAUGCAAAGUUACAUGAAAUGAAAGCACAGGCAUACCUGAAUCUGGGCGAGCCAUUCUGUGCAGUAAAGGCUGCAGAGAUGGCACUAUCAUUCAACCCCGUGUGGUGGGUGGCUCACCAAACUCAUGGCAGGGCUUUGAUUUCUCUUGGAGAGGUAAAUUUGGCACUGCGAAGUUUCUCCAGAGCUGUUCACUUGCAGCCAGACAACAGGGAGUUGUGGGAAGAGGAUCUGCUUGAUGCGUUUCACUUUUUUCAGUCGCUGAAAGUGCAAGCUGUAAGCAAUGAGUUCAGUUCAGAUCAGAACAUUCACAGCAACAUGGCUUCCGCAAAGAAACGUGUGGACCUACCAUUGUCGAAAAAAGUUGAAGUUCUAAGACAUCUUGAAUUACCAGAAAUAACCCAGGUGGCUGCAGCCAAAAAAUAUGGGAUCUCCACAUCUCAAAUUUCUAGACUCCUUAAAGCGAAAGCUAUCAUCCUUGCUGAUUAUGAGAGUGGGAACAAGAACAGAAAACGUAAACGGGAGGGGAAAGAGCAGGAUGUGGGACAUGCCCUACAUGCGUGGUUCCAACAGAAACUGGCACAGGGGGCACGUCCAACUGGGCCAAUUCUGAAGAAUAAGGCGAAGGAGAUAGCGUCAGCCCAUGGCUCUUAUUUUGCACCGUCUGAAGGAUGGUUGUGCAGAUGGAAGUUACGGCACAACAUCACUUUCAAAAAGGAGCACAGUGAGAAACAGCAUGAGGAUUUGUCCACUGCAAACGAAUCGUUUAGAGCUGGAUUGGCGAAAAUUCUUGAGGACUACAGUCGGGAAGACAUAUUUAAUGCAGGUGAAACUGGCCUAUAUUUUCGAGAUUUCCCUGAGAAAGGGUACUGUGAAAAUGGUGGCGAACUACUGGUAGACAUGAAAGCGAAAGAACGCUUUACAGUUAUGCUGUGUGCGAAUAUGAGUGGGACAGAAAAAUUACCCCUUCUUGUCAUUGCAAAAUCAAAGGCGCCACGAUCAUUUCCAAAAGAUCUUAAGCGAUUGCCGGUCUCCUACGAUUCAUCUAGAAAUGCCUGGAUGACAGAAGAGAUCUUUCACAAGUGGGUGGAGGAGUGGGAUCGUAAGUUACGUUUGCGUGCUCGUCACGUGUGCCUACUCGUUGACAACUGCUCUGCUCAUCCACACGAUGUUGAACUGACAAAUAUUUCUGUCAGAUUUCUUCCCACACACGUCACCAGCAUUGUGCAACCAAUGGACAUCGGUGUGAUUAGGAACUGGAAAGGGCAUUACAGGAGCAAGCUAAGUGCACGAAUAAACGCUUCCCUGGCUGCUGACAAUGAGAGAUGCGCUUUGGAUGUUGCAAGCUCUGUCAGUGUGCUAGAUGCUCUUCAUCUUGCUAAUGAGUCCUGGGACGCUGUGCUUCCUCAGACAAUAGCAGCCUGCUAUUGGAAGGCGUUUUACCGAGAUAGAGAUGGAAAUGCUACUGAAUCCGAUGACGUCAGCGACAGUGACAUACUUGCUGACGUUGUCGUCCCACAGAACAUGACCGAGGAAGAAUUUGCCGACUUCAUUCGUGUGGAUGACGAUCUAGCCAUUACUGGAGAGAUGUCAGAUGCCUCAUUGCUUGAGGUCUCAGGAGAGUGUGUUUCUCAUUCCGAGGGGACUGGUGCGACUAAUCAAGGUGAUUCUGAUCAUUCUGAGUCGGAGGAUCAACCCGCGCUGACUAGCAAGCAGAAAGUUGUCAUGGUAAAUCAUCUCCGUCGCUUUGUACAAGAGAACGGUUUAAACAAGUUUUCUCCAAUAGUCAAAGAGAUCGAGUCGUUGGCUUAUUCGCAGGUGUCAAUGGAAGAACAGAAAAAACACUAGGAUAAUUAGUUUACACAAAAGCAUUUACAGUAACUUAGAUGAGAUCGUUAGUGCUUCAGGUUUUAUGCAAUUUCCAGUUUAUUUUGUUCACGUUUGCCUCAGUCGGGCAGUUGUUUAUCACGUUUGCAUGAUAUUUUUGCAUGUUAGGACCAAGUAUGACCUUCCCUGUUCUCCUUCAGUUAUUCAGUUUACUUACGGCAAAAUGUUCAAACGUUAUCUGUUUUUAUAGCUCAUCUGACGUAGUCAGAUGCAGCUUGUAGAAUCGCAUGAUCGUCCGUCCGUGCGUCCGUG